CCACGUUUCCCCGAGCUCGGUCUGGUCAGGGAACGGGCUCGGCCGCCGCGCCCAGGAAGCCGCGACGCCGCCACGGCGGCUGCAGCGGCCAAGCUCUCGCCAUCUUGUGUGGAGGAGGAGUCGCCGUGCGCCGCCAUGCGGAGAGGCUGAGGAAGAGGGAGGGACGCGGCGGCGACGACGGCGGGCGAGGGAGGGGGCAGAGGAGCGGAGUCAGCGCAGCCCGGCGGCGACUUCGGGGGCGCCCACACACCGGGCCGCGGCCGAGAUUGAAGUGAGUGAAUUCAGAUAUACUUCAAGCUUGUUAGAGGGCUUAAAAAAUAAAGAGUUGAUUCGGUGCAUGAGAGCAAGUUAACUACUGCUGCCUGCCGUUCAGAGACUUACAGGUGCUUGCCUGAAUUGCAAUAAAGGACUCAUAUAUUGAGCAAGACUUAUUUAUCUCUUCAUUUUGGAGAGCCUCAUAAACUGUUAUUACAGUUUCUCUACUGACUUUCAAAAAUUUUGAAGUUUGAAAGAGACACCUUUGCAGUUAACAAAGCAUGAGCACGGCCAGAACAGAGAACCCUGUUAUAAUGGGUCUGUCCAGUCAGAAUGGUCAGCUGAGGGGCCCUGUGAAGCCCAGUGGUGGCCCUGGAGGAGGGGGCACACAGACACAGCAACAGAUGAACCAGUUGAAAAACACCAACACAAUCAAUAACGGCACUCAACAGCAAGCACAGAGCAUGACCGCCACUAUUAAACCUGGUGAUGACUGGAAAAAGACAUUAAAACUCCCUCCAAAGGAUCUAAGAAUCAAAACUUCGGAUGUGACCUCCACAAAAGGAAAUGAAUUUGAAGAUUACUGUUUGAAACGGGAGUUGCUAAUGGGAAUUUUUGAAAUGGGUUGGGAAAAGCCAUCUCCUAUUCAGGAGGAGAGCAUUCCCAUUGCUUUAUCUGGUAGGGAUAUCUUAGCUAGAGCAAAAAAUGGAACAGGCAAAAGCGGUGCCUACCUCAUUCCCUUACUUGAACGGCUGGACCUGAAGAAGGACAAUAUUCAAGCAAUGGUGAUUGUUCCCACAAGAGAACUUGCUCUACAGGUCAGUCAAAUUUGCAUCCAGGUCAGCAAACACAUGGGAGGGGCCAAAGUGAUGGCAACCACAGGAGGAACGAAUUUACGGGAUGACAUAAUGAGGCUUGAUGAUACAGUGCAUGUGGUGAUCGCUACCCCUGGCAGAAUCCUGGAUCUUAUCAAGAAAGGAGUAGCGAAGGUUGACCAUGUCCAGAUGAUAGUAUUGGAUGAGGCAGAUAAAUUGUUGUCGCAGGAUUUUGUGCAGAUUAUGGAGGAUAUUAUUCUCACACUACCUAAAAAUAGGCAGAUUUUGCUAUAUUCUGCUACUUUCCCUCUUAGUGUACAAAAGUUCAUGAAUUCCCAUCUGCAAAAACCCUAUGAGAUUAACCUGAUGGAGGAACUAACUCUGAAGGGAGUAACCCAGUACUACGCAUAUGUAACCGAGCGCCAAAAAGUACACUGCCUCAACACACUUUUCUCCAGGCUUCAGAUAAACCAGUCGAUCAUUUUCUGCAACUCUUCUCAGAGAGUUGAAUUACUGGCUAAGAAGAUUUCUCAGCUGGGCUACUCUUGCUUCUAUAUCCAUGCUAAAAUGAGGCAGGAACAUCGAAAUCGUGUCUUUCAUGAUUUCCGAAAUGGCUUAUGCCGCAAUCUUGUUUGCACUGAUCUGUUUACCCGAGGUAUUGAUAUACAAGCUGUGAAUGUGGUAAUAAACUUUGACUUCCCAAAGCUGGCAGAGACCUAUCUUCAUCGUAUUGGAAGAUCAGGUCGCUUUGGUCAUCUUGGCUUAGCCAUCAACUUGAUCACAUAUGAUGAUCGCUUCAACCUGAAAAGUAUUGAGGAGCAACUGGGCACAGAAAUUAAACCUAUCCCAAGCAACAUUGACAAGAGCCUGUAUGUGGCAGAAUACCACAGCGAGCCUGUAGAAGAUGAGAAGCCUUAACAAGCAGGCUUUGACAAACUGCAAAAGGCUCCUUGGAUCUGUGACACAUCAUUUGGGGGGAUGCUCUUCUCUUUGUGGGUUUUUUCAUCUUUAUUUGGAACUAUGAAGAGUUAUAUAAGAGCUCAGACAUUUUUCUUUUUUUUUUUAACUGGUGAAGAGAAACUGAAAAGAAGAAAUAGACGUUUUUGUUCCACUUGUUUGCACUGUGUGCUGACUGAACAUUCGUUGCACUAACUGCUGGUUUUUAAAAAUGUUUUCUGGGAAAAGGGGACGAGAAAAGGGGAGAAACCCUAAGAAGAGAAGAACCUUGGUGAGCGCACCUGUCUACAAUUCUCCAAUAGCCGACUCUACUGCAUAUCAACUUCUCCCUGGUUAGUCAUCGUUUCUUAAGCCUGAAGAGCUUAUUACUUAUUUGUGCGAAGUGCCUUAUGCUACGAAACCAUUAAGAAUAUCAUCCUUAUACAAAGCCCAAGGAAUCAACAAAGUCAUGUUCUUUUUUCUUUUUUCAAUCUUCUUUGCCUCUUCAUUUUUGUUUCAAGUUGAAGUCUCUUCCUGUUCUACCAGUACUCACGCCCAGGGCCGGAAGGUGGACUAGUGAUGUUAGCGCCAUUUUCCUUUUCUUUGUAUGGAGGAGUUGAUUCACAACUGCAGUCCAUCCACACUGUAAAUACAUGUAUUUAAAAAAACAAUACCAAGUACAAUUUUCUUCUGGGCUGAGCAGACGCACCAUCGUCGCUCCCAAAGGAAAGGGCAGCCUCUCACUGCAGGAGCCAUAUGACAAGCCUCUGUGCUCUGCAGCGGAACACUAAUCUGGCUCACGCCUCCAUGAGCAGUAUGGCACUUGACGUGGAGACAUGCUGGAGCCUUGGCCUCUUUCCUCUGUGACAAAGCGCGUCCCGUAGAAAAUUGGAUGUGUAUACUUGUAUAAACUUUGUAAAUAAGUUUUUUUUUCUGGGUUCAUAUAUAUAGAUAUAUAUAUAUAUAUACAUAUAUAUAUUAUUUUUUUUCUUUUGGAUGAAGGUUGCUGGGAUUAAGGGGAUUAGAGUGAUUAUGGGAGCAGCUAAAGAUGAGAGGGGCUCAGUUUUCUGCAACACUAAAUUCUUCAAAAGUGCUUUGGCCUCUAACUGUAGGAAGCAGACCUCUGCAGGGCCCUGGUUGGAAGGGGCCCAGAAGCCCAGGAUACACUGUCUGCUGCACUGCUCUUGUGAAGCAUUUACGGUGGUUUUAGCAGAGAGCAAGGAAGUAUCAGAAAUCCAAUUCCUGAGGCCUUUGAGAAGCUCUGUGAUUUGGUUCUCCUGCCCUAUAAAAGUUUGAGGAACUUCCCAAGUUCUGCUCAGGGGAACAAAGAUUGAUCUUCCUUGGAGUGUGAGAAGGGUGUUAAGUGCAGGCUGAGAUCAGAGUGUGUAAAGCGUACAUUGCAUUUCAGAGGACCAGCCAGUACCGGCUCCGUGGGCUUGGCAGUUGCGGAGCUUAGCUGCUUCAGUCACCUGUGGUGUGGGAGUGAGUUGCCCUCGGCCCACCUUGAUACAUGCACUCUGCAGGAAUGGGCAACCCCCCAAAGCUGUAACUUCCAUGCUGCAGAAAGCCGCUUGCCAUUGUUCUCUGUGCCCUGAUGAGAAUGCUGUCUGUCAUUUUGCAUUGUAAAUCGCUGGCAGAUGCUUUUGGUGGGUAGUGUUGCUUUAAAUUGUGCCCCUCCCAACAUGCUUGAUGUUUGGCCUGAUCUCCAGGCAGAAGGAGUGAGAUGAAUCAAACCAGUGAACUUUUUUUUUUUUUAAACAAAUGUUUUUAAUUCCCUUUUAACCCAGUAUACUAGGUCAGUCAGGAGGCAUCUAGGGAACAAAAAAAACAAAAAACAAAAUUUAAAAAAAUUGAUUUCCGUAUUCCAUCAUUUUUCAAAACCUUAAAACUAUGACAAGGUAUGUUAUGUGUAUGCUUUCAUGCUUAACUCACCUGAAUAAAAGAAUCAGUUAUUCAAAGUUGCUUUUUGACUUUGCCUAGCUCUAAAGCAAAACUAUGUGACUCACCCCAGAUUCCUUGGGGAUCAAAAUCCUGCAGAUGCCUCCUGAUCAGACAUAACCCCGACUCCGUAACAACUGUAGCAAGAGCUGCACAGUACAAACCCCAGAAGGCAAGUCCAGUCAGUGUUGGUUACUAAACACAAACCAAAUUAAGGAAGUCACUUUUUUAGGGAGGGUGGGGGAGGGGUCUUAAAAUAUCUCCUUUUGACCAACAAAUCUUGCCCUUGUACUGAUGCAGCUCUCUUUCUUCCUGCCUUUGGCGAGAUGAGGGAUCUUCCAUAUAGAACAUCGGAGGAAAGGAAUAUAAAUGCAGUUUGGUACCUCGCCAAAGGGCACGUGGGUGCGUCAACAGAAAGAGUGCAGUCUCUUGCCAACCUUGGGCUGCUCUGCCAGGUGCCACAUGCCUACGGGUCCCUCUUAAAGCACAGACUCCACAUGGAGAGCAUUACUGAUUAUAGCCUCUGAUGAGUUGUGGCACUUGGAUUAGCUGGCACCGCCGCAGGACACUAGAGAGGCUGCGGUGGGUGUGGUGCUUCGCUCACAUGAGCUGGAAAUAGGAAGAUGCCCUGCUGACUGGGUCAAAAAGCCUGGUCUCUGUUUUUUGUUUUGUUUUUUAAUCCCCUAAUAAGGAACACCACUCCUAUUGGAAAUUGUCUUUCAGGUUCUUUCCAGUGUUUUUUAAAUAGUUUUGUUUUUCUAGUGGUUCAUUUGGAUGAGAGAACUAUGUCCUAUUUUGAAUAUUCAGACUAUAUCCACCUCAGUGGUUUUAGCUUCUGGUUAUAUAGUUGUGUAAUGAGUUACAAGACUGUUACACACCUUGCUGCCUCAGGGCCUGUUUUGUUUUUCUCCCCCUUUAUGUUGAAGGUGAAUGAAACUUUCCAGUGUGAGUGGAAUAUAUUUACCAUAAAAUAAUUUUUCUGGAAAGGAUAGCCUAACUAAUUCUAAAUUAUUUCCAAAUGGUACCACCAUUAUAAUACAGGGUUGACCCAAAAUGUUGGGGUAGGGUGGGUGGUUGUCAUAGUUCAUGUUCAGAAUGAGAUGAGGGCAUCUUUCCGUGGCCGCUGGCUUUGUGCUGGACACCAUCGUGCUCAGUGAGAACAGAGCACAGCACAGAGUUCAGUAGAAGUGUUGGAAACAGAACAUCUCCUUCUGAUCGUUUGAUUUGUUUUUUUUUUUUUCCUCUUUUUUUUUUAAUAGGGGUGGGAGGGGAGGGUACUGUGUCCCAAAGGGGGGAGGGUUGUCUGCACUAAGGAUUUAGAAACACUUUGGAAGCUCAUAACCUCAUGGGAAACUGCCUUUAGCCACACUCCUGACCUUCAGAUGAGUAACAGAAAGAUGAAAUAAGUUCUUGGGAAUUAAGCCAUGUUAUUUUAAUUGGAUACUUUUUUUUUCAACUUUUCUGUGUAUCUUUAAAAUUGUUACUGUGGAAUGAUUUUCUUGCCAAAUGUCUUUGUCAGGCAAAAUUAUUGACCUCAUGGGAGGUGAAGUAAGCCAGCUUUUGGGUGAAUUUAUGCGGACUUUGGGGAGUUUGUAGUUCGACUUUAUAUUCAUAAAGAUAGUUUUUUAAAACUCCCAAAGCAAAUCUAUUUUCUUCUGUGUUGUAAAAACUCAUCUUUGGAAUAAAGAGUUAAGUGUCCAAGGGUUGUAACCAGUAUGAGGUCAGAGGGAGCUAGCCUGGCCUGGACUCUGCCCCUCCACAGCUGACAGACUCCAACAGAAGUGUAUUUAAAUCUCCAGUAGACAAGCUGGGCAGGGCAAGGGAGGGGUGGGCCUGGGUUAGUUAAAGAUACAGGCUGCUGAAUUUUAACCAGUGGUUCUUGGGAAGGGUGCCUGGAGAAAACAAAGUCAUUUCCCUUAUUUGAAACAAAACAAAUUAGACAAGAACUUACAAUUUUUGUUCAAUAAAUAUGAGAAAAUUCUAAUGUCCCUAGCCACAAGGGACCAGGUCCACUUUGAACAGUGGGAACUUAAAACUUUGAAAAUAUUUUGGGGAAAGGGAGAAUUGGCUUUCUGUUUAAUUGGCAAAUGUUCCAGUGGGGGGUAUGUUUUUGUUGGGAUGUGUUACGUUGUAUGUACAUGUCUUUGGACCUGAGUAAAGAGUUUAUAUAUGGUUUAGAAAAGAUGGUUGGUAAAAUCUUGGUUACUUUUUGUUAAUUUAUCUCAAUAAAAGCCCACUGGAACUCCA